GACGAUAUAUCUAAAAACAACAAAAUCCCGAGCUUCUGCUAAAAGAAACUUGGGCUGUUUUUAAAAGGGAAAGGAGAAGCUUGUGAGGGGAUCGGAAAGUGUGGAGAAUCCUUUUGGUUUGAUUUGAGAGGAUGAGUGGCAGUCCCAAAUCUGGGAGCAUCGACAGGCCUCCCCUGACUCACUCAGUGGAGGGGAUUUUGAACCGACCUUUUAAGAGAGUCUGGGACGAGGAGAGGUCCAAUGGCAGGAAAGGCGACCUGCACCGAGGCAGGGCAUGCAGGCAACAGGAGACUCAUCACAGGCACAGCACCCAAGAUCUGAAAGAUGGGAAGAAAUCUGCUCGGGAGCAACUGAGAGAGGCCCUGAAGUCUGCAUUCACACCGACAGCUUCACGGAGCGAGCUAACGGCCGCCAUCUUGGAAAGCCACUGUGUGGAGAGCCUGAGGGAGGACAGGAACUAUGGGGAGGAGGCAAGUGACUGUGACACCUCAGCAGACAACUCCUUCUAUGAUGAAAGGAAGUCAAAGCGAAGAAUACGGACAACCUUCAGCACAGAGCAGCUCCAUGAGUUGGAGAAGAUCUUUCAGAUCACACACUACCCAGACAUUUGCACACGGGAUAGACUUGCAGCUAAGAUUAACCUGCCUGAAGCCAGGGUUCAGGUCAGUAUCAGGUACUCGUCUUUCCUUAUCUCCGGGCUACUUUUCAUUCCUCUCGCGUAG